AAGAAUCACUUAAUAAUAAUAAUGGAACAAUAACAGAAAGCCAAACAGAACACAGCGUUGAUCAGCUUCUCCGUGAAUCGCAAAAGCAAAACCCUACUUGAACCUCCUUCACUUCAUUUUCAUCACCACCACAACCAUGUCUCUCAGAAUUCUCCGAUCUCGACUCUCUUCCGUCGCAUCAUCGUCAUCCAACCGAUUCCUAUGCACCAAUGCAGCUCCUGCUGCUCCUCUCCCUUCUCCUCCUUCCGCCACUUCCCCUAACCGCUGGAGUUUCCUCAAAUACGCCGUCAUCGCUGCCUUCACCGGAACCACCGUCUUUACCGGUUACGCCUCUUACGCUUACACUGUGGACGAAAUAGAUGAGAAAACGAAGUCGUUUCGUGAAUCCGUCAAGUACACUCCAAGUGAAGGAGCUACUGCUCUUGACAAAUUUCAAGGGUUGUUAUACUCAACUGCAGUGACAGUGCCUGUUAAAGCAGUCGAGCUUUAUUUGGAUGCAAGAAGGUUAAUUGAAGAACAAGUUAGGAGUUAUACAGAACCAUACACAGACAAGCUCCUUCCAGAUUUGCUCCCUCAGGAGCAACAUGUGUUCACACUUGUUGUAGAUCUCAAUGAAACAUUGAUUCACUAUAUUUGGACGCGUGAAACAGGCUGGCAGACUUUUAAAAGACCUGGGGUUGAUGCUUUCUUGGAACAUCUAGCUCAGUUCUAUGAAAUAGUGGUGUAUACAGAUGAACAAAAUAUGUUUGUAGACCCUGUUAUAGAGAGGCUAGAUCCCAAGCACUGUAUUAGGUAUAGGCUAUCGAGGCCUGCUACUAAGUAUCAGGAUGGGAAACACUAUAGAGACCUUUCAAAACUAAACAGAAAUCCUGCAAAAGUUCUGUACUUAAGUGGCCAUGCUUUUGAAAGUUGCCUACAACCUGAGAACUGUGUCCCUGUGAAGCCAUGGGUGCAGACUGAUAAAGAUGAUACAGCUCUUGUGGAUUUCAUACCAUUCCUUGAGUUUGUUGCCCGAAGUAGUCCUGCUGAUAUAAGACCAGUGCUACAGUCUUACCAAGGAUGUGAUAUUCCAAGUGAAUUCAUCAGGCGUUCCAAAGAGCAUCAGAAGAGAGCGCAAGGACAGAAACGCUUCUGGAGAAAUUGAUCCAAGAGCAAUACUGCAUUGGAUGACACAAGUUCGUCCUCAACGUGAGAAAAUAUAGUCAGUUUCAUGAUAAUUGAUUAGUCAGUUCACCAAAGAUUGUGAAACCACUACAAAUCGAUGAAUGAUUAAACAAAAUAGAGAAAAUGUAAAACUUUUUUUUCGCACCAUUAUCCUGAGACAUGAACUGUCAUUUUUGGCCUACAUAAUUCUGUUGCUGGAUAGCACUUAUUGAUAGCAGGGAUUGUAGUUAUAUUUUGUCUGAUAGAAUAAAUAGUUCUUAGUGCAGUGGUUUCUUGUAAGGCCGCUUGCUUGGAUUCCAUUAAGGAUUCCUCGACUUACUGACGUUUGCACUCCUAUUUUAUUUUUAAUUGGACAUUUGUAGAGA